UUCACAGCAAACAGAUCGCGUUUAGAGUGCGUUUUCUAGGUUUUGACGAAGAAACGCGAUCAUGAUGCUCCUUCUGCCAUGCAUCGUCUGCUUCACGUCGUCGUCAUUCUGACCAAUGUGACCACACAGUCUGCUGUAAACAAAAGCAGAACGGAAAAUGAUGAAUAAUCUGGGAGCCUAGAUCUCUCAUUGGUAUCAAGAACGAGAUCUUUAAUGUUUUUAAAUUGUCAUUGAAUUGUCAAUAACUAGAUGAAAGUGCGUGUUUCAAUCUUUAGAAUGAUUCCGUAUCGACAGGUUUCAACGGUGAACGUUAAACAGACUCAAUUUUUGUAGUUUGUAUAUCUGACAUGGUGUGUAUAUGAAAAAUUUGGAAGAAUUGCAAACCUACCUAAUGUAAGCCAAAUGUUACCAGCACCAUGAAGAAACAAUUCUUUCGUGUGAAGCAGCUGGCUGACCAGACCUUUUCAAGAGCUGGCAAAACAGAAGUCUUGUCCGAUGAUCUUCAAGCUGCUGAUCGACGGGUUGAAAUUAUACGCAAUGCCUGUCAGAAUACAAGCAAAAAGUUGGCUAGUAGUCUGCUAGCACAAGGACAGGAUGCAAAUGCAAUCAAGGAGAAAAGACUGAAAAGAAGUGCUGAGUAUCUUCUUGGUAUGUCAAUGCUCGAAUGUGGUGAUCGAAAUGAAGAUGAUGGUCUUCUAGUGAAUGUUGUUGUAGAGAGUGGAAAACUGCAAAUAGCUCUUGCUAAUGAAGUUGUUGAUCAUGAAGCGCGUGUGGAAGAAAAAGUGGUCACAUCAUUGCAUGCAGUUUCUGAAGGAGAAGUUCCAAACAUUCAGAAAUUGAAGAGAAAUUUAGCUAAAUUAAUUUUAGAUAUGGAUUCUGCUCGUACAAGAUAUCAAACCGCUGUUAAACAUAGCACAAACCAAGCUGGCACAUCAAAAGUGGAUUCAAUAAAAGAAGAACUGGAAGAUGCUGAACUUAAAGUAGAACAAUGCAGAGACCAACUUGCAUCUGAGAUGUUUCAAUUAAUAGCUAAGGAAGCAGAUUUAGCCAAAACCAUUUUAGAAUAUGCAAGACUACAGAAAUCAUAUCACGAAAAAGCUCUAUCUGUCCUUGAUAGUUUUUUACCCGAUCUAGAAGCUGUUGUGUAUGAUAGUGACAUCAGGCCAGUCUUUGGAUCCCCUUUGGAAGAGCACCUCCGAGUUACAGCUAGAAAAAUAGCUUUUCCUAUUGAGCUGUGUGUGUGCUCUUUAUUGGAAAUUGGAAUGGAAGAAGAGGGCCUUUUUAGAGUGGCUGGAGGUUCUUCAAAAGUACGGCGUAUGAAACUGAGUCUCGAUGCAGGCUGCUUGUCAUUCCCUACUGCUCUUGAAUACCGAGAUCCACAUGUAAUUGGGGGAGUACUCAAAUCUUACCUUAGAGAACUUCCUGAACCCUUAAUGACUUUCUCUCUGUAUGAUGAGUGGAUGGCAGCAGCUAGGGUAUCUUCGUCAAAUGAUACACGCCUUCAAGCCUUGUGGUCAGUUGUGCAGAAACUACCUGAGGCUAACAGAGACAACCUGCGAUAUUUAGUGAAGUUCCUUGCCGCCCUCUGUCGGAAUCAAGACGUAAACAAAAUGAGCCCACAAAAUGUGGCUAUAGUCAUUGCUCCCAAUUUGAUUUGGAGCCCAACUAACAGUCAGGAUGCGAACAACAUAGGCAUGAAUAUGAGCACAGCUAACUUCUGUAGUGUGAUCGUUGACUCUUUAGUCACAUUUGCUGACUGGUUUUUCCCAGGAGAGGUUGAUUUCUAUGUAACAUUAUCUAGAGAAGCUGCUGCAGAACUAGUGAAUGGUGUGCCUAAUCCACCACAACCAGGACACACUCGCAACAGUAGUGCUGAUGCUCAGCUUGUUGAUACUUCAGCUGGUGGGGACAUGCAGCGCACACAGUCAAAUAGCAGCUUAUCUGACUUGAACAAUAGUCCCCCACAUGGCAGCCCAAAGCCAGCGACUCGCCAUAAGAAGAAGCCUGUUGCUCCAGUACCACCAACUUUAGUGAACACCAAUCAUUCCACUGCUAACACUUCUACCGCCACUACCACUAUUACUAUUGCCAAAGCUGCUUUUUCAAACACUGGUAAUGUUACUGUUUCGGUAACACCAUCAGUGAAAUCUGAGAAACCCGGCAAACCUCCUCCACCUGCUAAUGCACCACCCAUCACAAGACUUGUGGAGAAACCUGCUAAACCACCACCACCCGUGUUGCCUCAGGAUAAAACUCUCUCUGGCUCAAACACAAAGGCUACUGCUGCUCAACAAGUCUCAGCACAUCCUGCCAGUUGUUUGUCUUCUGAUCCUGCACCGGUGGAUACAUCUGAUCAGGAAACAUUUAAAACCCCAGUUCAUAUUGGGUUUGAGCACUUUGCAGUAGAUCCUUCCAAUUCAACCUCUUUUCCUGCCAGUACUGUCUGUGAUAAUCCUUGUGGAAAUGAUGGUGAAGGAAAACAGUCUACUUCUAUUGCCUGCUCUGCAACAACCCCAAAUAAUAUUUAUGGGACUUUAGAAAAGAAACGUCCUCAAAGACCAACACCUGUUGCUGCUCCCAGAACUACCUUGUUGCACAAGGGUGACAAUCAGGGUAAUGGCAAUGGCCUAGCUCCUUUGGCAACAGCUGAAGACGAAUUUGCAACUGUUGUACUUCGUCGAACUAAUCUGGAGGGUGCUCUCUCUGAUGCCGCUCACAAACCUGCUGUACCAGAAAGACCAGCUACAUUACAGCGUCCCUUAAGUUCAUCAUUUCGCCUUACUAAACCCACUCAAGAAACCACCACUAUUGUUAACAUGUCAACUUCCCUUCAGGGCUGUGUGGAGUUUAGUAACCCUGGAAACCUUGGCCAGGAGGAUAUUGCUUCUGAAAAAUCCCAACCCACUUCUUGUGAAAAGCAACAGGUGUCUGUUGUACAUGUUGGAGGCAGAUCAGAAAAUGUUUCAGAACCUCAAGUAUUACAAAGAUCAGCUUCUCUCAGUGGGAGACCAAGUCAGCUAACAAUACAUACUGAUAAACCUGAAAGGCCACCAAAACCAGACGUACCAGUAGCCGCUGAUAGAAUCUCAGUUAAUUCUCAGCCCACUAGUCAUGCAGCCAAUCCAGAAUCUGGGGAAAAUCUGGUACCUUGCGGUGGUCAUUAUGGGUCAUGGCCAAGAUCGCCCAGGCCUCAGCCUCCCCCACCCCCACCUCCUGCUCGACCAAGAGUAGACAGCAUGGCAGAAAGCACUGAUCUUUGACUACAAUAUUUAGUUUGCUACACAAGCAGGGUAAAUUCAAAGGCAUGACAGUGAAGACACAGCUGUAGUUGUUGUAUUCAGUCAUCAAGCUCAGCUAACCACCUGGGGAUCUGUGUUGGUAGCAAUCUGUCAGUUUUGCCUCUUAUUUCUGAUCUACUUUAAGUGCUUUUAUUAUUGGUGCUUGAAACAAACACACAUAGUAGAGUUUCAGAUAAACAGGUUAGGAACAGAAGAAUUACUGUUAUCACAAAUCUUUAGUAAAAGACUGUUGGAUUUCUCUUUUUGUGUUGAGUGGACCACACUUUCUUGAGUAUCUCAUGACAUGCUCAUGUCAUCAGUUUAUCUGAUGAAAAUGUUUUGUAAACUAGAGAACAACUGCAUUUCUGUUAAUAUUUGCUUUAACAACCAUUAAAAAUGUGUAGGUAGUUUAUGUAGUAUGGUUGUAAAACAAACUGACAUUUCUUUUCAAAUUGUUAUGAGCAUUAUACAUGGCAUUUUUAUUAAUACUCUAUACUUUAACAUAAGGUGCAUGUUAGAGUACAAAAAUAUUGCAUUUUGUUGAAAAUACAUUUUUCAAGAUGGACUGAAUGUAGCUUGUCAUUCAAAUCUAGUUUUGCCGUCCAUCAUUAGACUGGAUUUUUAAAGUCAUAUCACAGUUUAAGUACGUACAUAUGGUCUGGCUGGAUAAAGGAUAUUUCUCUUCCCUUAUGUUCCAUCAGGUAUGGCAAUUCACUUUUAUAAGCUCAACCCCUGUAGUUGGUAACCAUUAAAUUACUAUCUUUGCUGCAUAGUAAUUCAUGCACUUUGUUAAUCACUGCUGAACACACACACAUAUUAAAUACUAUAGUAUAAAAUGAAAGGAAAAAAGUUUUAAUGUAGUGUUAUUCUGUAAGUCAAAUAAGUGCUUUUCCUGAGACUCAGAAUAAUUAGUGCUUCUGCAUUUUGUUAUUGUUAUAAGCUGGUUGCUAAUUUUCUGAGUAUUCAGUAUUUAUUUUCAAUGGUAUUAUGUGGGGUUGUCAACAAUGUAAAGAAAACUUCUCAUUUGAGCCAAGCAUUGGAAAACCAGGGUUUCUGAUAUCUUUAAUUCCUUAUGUGAGCUUGUGGCUUUGAUCAAUGGCUUUAGUGUUACAGUAUGUUAUUCAAUAGUCUUUCCUAGAAAGAGUUGAUUUAUUUUUGAAAUGAAGACAAUUUUUACCAAGUACAGUAUAACAGUUUGGAACAUAUCUGUUGUGUAAAUUGAAUUUGUAGGGAGUGAAAGUGUUAAAAACUAAACAUGUAAAUACUUUUCUCAAAUGUUAUUGUUUCCAAGGUUUAAGCAUGUGAUUUUUUGUAAUUAAAUUUAUAUUCCAACAUGUAAAACCUUGACAUUGUGUGCAUUGGUUCAUAUUGUAGGUGUACUGUCCAAAAUAAGGAUUUCAAUUUCACAUAUAGAAUACAUUACAGUAAGUGGAUGUUAGUACAUAACUUAAAGCUCCUCUUCAUGAAGUACUUAAAAUUACCUGGAUCAAGCUGUUUUAGGCUCUGUUUCACAGGUUUUUAAGUGACUUCCACAAAAUAUUUGAGUGCCUUGCUUUGUAUUUUGUGAAUCACUCUACUAACUCAACAUGUUUAAUUUGAAUGUUCUUGUAUGGAAUUGAAAUCCUUUGACAGAUUUGAAAGACAUUAAUUGUGAUUUAGCAUUUGUUGAGAUGAUGUGUAAUCAGUUUUGGUGUUACCAUGGCUUCGCAUAUUGAAUGUCCUGUACCUUCUACUUGAGUACUCUGUGAUUUGUUGGAAUUUAAAGUCCAAUUGCUUGAUUAUCAGAUAAGAGUUGUAACAAGAGCAAAUCAUUUGAAGCAUUGAACCAAUACUUCAGGCAUCUUUGUCAGUCUUAAUACGAAAUCAUAUCUAGUCUUUGUUUUGAGUUACUGCAAGUUACAUAUUUACCAACUUAACUUUUGAUAGUUGCAUCUUUCAAGCUGUUGUUUUCUCCCAUGGACAACCAUCAUAUUGGACUUCAAAGGAUGCAUGAAGCACAUCAAUGGUUACACCUAUCCUUUGUACGGUACCAUGUUUGAAUUUGAUUUUGACUUUGUUUUGUCAGGAUGAUUUACAGCUGAGGUCAAGUAGUGGUUUCAUCAUAAAACUUGGUUGUUGUCUAAUAAGCAGCUACCACCAAGCACAGUAUUUAGGAAGCUCUAUUGAAGUCUUAAAUAGUCUACGGUUCCUAGUUAGGCAGUGCAAAGUGGUUUUUAAUGAAUGGCUGUGUGAAGAGCAAGCUAGGUCUAGGUGAAAAUGGUGUUAAAACCUUGUCUUCCAAGUUUUGUUUGUAGUAUGUAAGAACUUGAAGUAGUGCCUUUUAUUCUUUAGUGCCCCACAAGCUACAUACAGAUCGUUUCCAGGUAUUUUUUGAAAAGUUUCAAACUCAGCUCGUUACUUUUGAUAUUACCCACAAUAAUUACUUGUUCAAUUGUUUAUAUCUCAUUUCAUAUGUUUCUCUAGUUUUAUUUCUUUUGACUUUAUUGCACUGCUUUCUUUCCCUGUCUCUUUUCUUUUCCUCCCUAUUUUUUGUUAGUUUGCAAUGUAUGACUUGCGCACAUUUUUGUUGAAUAUUGACUAAUUAUAAACCAGUUUGUGCUGGGUUGUUAGGUACUACAGUGCUCCGUGAUAUCAACCAAGAAUAUUUUGACCAGUUGUUUUAACUCAUAUUAACGCUCACCUGGAAGUUUGGUAUCUAAUAUUGUCAGAAAAACCUUUUCCAUUUGUUUAUUCUAUUCUAAAGAGUAAUUACCAAAGCUUCAUUUACGUAAAGGGUGUAAAACUCUUCAAUUGAUUUACUGUAGUAUUAAAAAUAAAGAAAUAAUGUUCUUCUUUUGCAUUUUAUUUAGUUUAUGUAAAGCAUUGUAUUGCUACUGAAACCUUGUUGUCAUUGAACGUCAAAUUAUGUUGAAAACGGAGGCUAAUCUCAUUUUUAUUAUUUUGUUCCAGUAUUUAAUCACUGUAGGCACACUCAGUCAACAAUCACUGGUUUGGCCAGUCAAUGAUGCUGAUCAAAAUUCAUUAUUGUAUUGUAAAAAAUUGAAGACUGAAUUGAUUUGUUCCUGUAAAAAACAGGACAGUAGUUUCACCUCUUUUUAUGGAUGGAAAAAAACAAUGGUGGUGAUUGUACCAUUCCACUUUCUUAGUAAUUUGGUUGGAAUUUGCUUGUAAAACGACAAAUUAAUCACGUGUGCAGACAUUCUGUAAGUGGUGUCUUGAUUUUUUGUUUAUAUGUGCCUUCCAAAUAAACUUCAAAUAAGAAUCUACCAUGCAUCCAGAGUGUGUAGGUAUUUGCUUAAAAAUAUUCUUUGUUUGUCUGUUAGCAAUUUUAUUAAUAUUUUGUAUUUGAUGAAUAUAAUAAACUGUUACUGUAUA